AUGCAUCAUCUCGAUUUAGGCCUCUUUCAUUAUCAAAUCGAUUAUACGAAAAAACUUUUAGGGGCGCAAUGUGGCAAAACUUUAGUUGAUAAAGUAGAUCAUCGAUUAGCCGCAAUACCAAGAUUUCCCAGUUUGAAAAUCUUUACAAAUGGCAUACAAUCAAUAGCCAGAUUAACAGCUAAUGAGUAUCGCAAUCUGUUGAAAGUAAUGGUUUUUGUAGUUGACAAUUUUUUUGUAAAUAAUGAGGAUGAUGAAAAUUUUGUAAAGAAUGAAGAUCUGGCAAAACUUUACGAAGCUUGGAAUGAAAUGUAUGCAAUUAGUCGAUAUGAAAAUUUCAAAGAAAGUGAUUUGGCCAAAUUUAGGGAAUCUAUAAACAAUUGGUCUCAAAUGUUCAUAAAAAUUCUCCAAUGUAUGUCCCUCUCGGAGUUAAAAUUACCAAAACUGCAUUUGUGGGCAUAUCAUAUAAUUGAUUCGAUUCGAUCAUUUGGUGCAGUUAAUGGAUACACUACGGAGACUUACGAAAGCCUUCACAAAGAAUACGUUAAGAAUCCCUACCGAUUAAGUAAUAAAAAAAAUAUUGAAGUUCAAAUAAUGAAAAUAGCAACUACUAUCCCUCAUAUAUUUAAAUUUACAGCAAUACUUUUCGAAUUUCUAUUAAAAGAUGCCCAUGAUUUUUUUGUAGAACAGGCUAAUAUAGACCACAAAAUGAGAUCUGGAUUUGACAAUUUUUUGGAAUGUUUAAAUCUUUAUUAUGGCAGACCUUGGUAUAGUAAUGUGUCUGUUUGUAUGAAUUCUGAUGAAUUAUUUGAUUACGCUUCUGAUCAAGGCAUUUGUUACGGGCAUGUUUUAUUAAUAGCGAAAAUAGAACUUAAGAAUCAAAAUAUUCCAUUAAAUCUCGCAUUAAUUCAGUGGUAUGACUUCAAAUUUUAA